AUGCAAAUGAUUUAUGGUAAACAAAUAUUUAACUUAUGCAAUAUCACAUCAAACAGAGUUGCAGAAGAUAUUGCAGGUUAUGGCAUGGAAUGGGUAACAUCAGAUUCCUUCAUUCAAUUCACUACAAUUAGAUCAAAUAAUCAGUCAGAAAGUAACGGUUUUGCACUAAAUUAUCACUUUUCAUUAUCUAAUGAACAAAUCUCAGUAUUAUCAUGCAAUUAUAUUGAAAACGGAGAUUCCAGUGGUGAAGGAAAUUUAAUCUGUGCAUGGCCAAAACUUUAUAUGUUUGGAUGCUGCAUUGUGAGGAAUGAAGUUAAAUAUGUCAUUUACAAUGGAGGAGGUUCAGUUGUUGUUAAUAAUUCAUACACAGAUAACAAUCAAACAUUAGGACAAUCAGUUGAAUUUACAAACACAAUUUCGAACUCAGAAUGCAAAUAUUAUACAGUAAAUAUCAUCAAUAAUGCGAACAAAGAAGAUAAUGACGAUGAUGAUUCAUUUUUUAUCAAAAAAGUCAAACAGAACGUUCGAUAUCUUGAUAACCGACCAAAAAUCAUAUAUUUCGUUCUAAAAUGA